ACAAGGCUUCUGUUUACAAAGAGAUGCUCCGUUGCUGCUCCAUUGGAAGUUGGAAUUUCAUAAAUUUAGAGGGGGAAAAUAAACUAAAGCACUCCCUGAAUUACAGAAUUCCAUUACGAUAUCUCGAUGAACACAAAAAGCAACAGCUUGUCAUCAGAGAUGCUUGCCAAGCGUGCAAACGGCUUGGAACCAAAGGUGCACAUCAAAAUAGUUGGUUUGAUUAAAGAGCAAGAUUUUCAUUUUGCCAAGAGCAUCAUUGAGGGACUAAAACAGAAGUUUCCCCGCGAGUUUGCGGAUCCAGAAAUUUGUCCGUUACUUGAAUUUGACUGGCAUGCAUACGUGGACGGCCAGAAGAGGGAGUUACGUGGCGAAGUCUGGCAGUUCUCCAGCGGCGUCAUGUGCUUCGUGGACGAGCAGUUCAUUGGGGACAGCGGCGCGCUCGCUGCCUGGGCGCAGGACCAGUGGGCCUUCACGUGCGAGCAGCCGCACGCUUCCUGCGUGGACGAAUACUACCUGAAACAUCUCCGCGCAACUAAGCACAGGUUUGUCUUCAUGGACAUUGAGAUUGGAGAAGAGCCCGUGGGGAGGUUGUUGUUUGAGCUCUUCUCCGACGUGUGUCCAAGGACGUCGUGGAACUUUGAGGCUCUGUGCACAGGAGAGCGAGGCCAGGCGACCGGCGGCUACCCGCUUUGGUACAAGGGCUCCUUGUUUCAUCGAGUGGUCCCCAACGGCUGGGUGCAAGGCGGAGAUAUUAAUCCUGCAAGAAAAGGAAACGGAGGCGAAGCCAUCUAUGGAGAAACCUUUGACGACGAGAGUUUUGCUCUUUCUCACACAAAGCGAGGCACCCUCGGAAUGGCCAACAAGGGCCCCCACAGCAACGGCUCCCAGUUCUACAUCACCCUGCAGCCAACUCGGUGGAUGGACUUGACCUACGUUGCGUUCGGUCAAGUGGUUGAAGGUGUGGAUGUCCUCAAGAGGAUAGAAGAGGCCCCGACCACCAAUCAAAGACCCAAAAAGGAAUGUACAGUCGUAAACUGUGGCGUAUUUAAAUUAUAGCUUAUAUAGCCCCUUUGAAAGCUAUGAAUAAAAUAAGUGAUUUUUAAAACAAAUUUGAAAUGUUAUCAUGAUAAAAAGUCUCUUCACACUGAACAACUCAUAUUAAACUAGAGUACAGCCUCGGUUCUCGAACAAAUUGGUUUUCCAAUGAAAUUUUGGAGAUUUUUUUUCGCUCUUGCUUUCGAACGAGGUGGCACGGUGGCGCAGCUGAUAAAGAGUUGGCCUCACAGAACCCGGGUUCGAUCCCGGCCCCACCUGAGUGGAGUUCGCAUGUUCUCCCCGUCCCUGCGUGGGUUUUCUCCGGGCACUCCGGUUUCCUCCCACAUCUCAAAAACAUGCAACGUUAAUGAAUUGGACAGUCCAAAUUGCCCCGAGGUGUGAUCGUGACGCGACUGUUGUCAGUCUGCAUGUGCCCUGGGAUUGGUCGGUAACCAGUUCAGGGUGUACCCCGCCUCCUGCUCGUUGACAGCUGGGAUACCCUCCAGCGCUCCCCGCGACCCUCGUGAGGAUAAGCGGUAAAGAAAAUGGAUGAAUGGAUGUUUUCGAACGGAAAUCGGUACUCGAACGUCCCCAACAAAACACGGAAAUAACAGAACGCGCGCAGCCAGACCAGCUGACCCACGACGCGCUUUGUUAUUGUCUAAUUCGAACGCGUCGUGGAAAAAAAAAUGAAAAACAUAACCCGCGGGCCCCGACCAGCUGGACCGCGACGGGCGUUGUUAUUGUCUAUAACACAGCCUCGAUUCGGUUUACGAACAAAUCAGUUUUCAAACUGCCUUCUGGAACGGAUUGUGGUCGAGAACCGAGGUUGUACUGUAUUGUAUAUAUUUUUUUUUUACUCAUGCUGAUUUCCACAUCAAUUUAUUUCAUGACUUCCUUCCAUUUGAUUUUUGUGUCGCUUGUUGUCACAUAAGUCACAGUACAGAGAGAUUUCGUCAAUUGAAACUCUAAAGAAGUGAUAGACCUACCUGUAAAGAUGAAAAUUUGUUAAUUUUUUGUUGGUUCUGAAUCAUUUCACUGGCCUGCAGAGUCCGAACAACCUUUUGAAUGAAUUAGAAUGAAUGACGAUACAACAAAUAUGUGUAUCGAAUGAAUACAUCUUGGUUUACAGCGUAGACGUGAGUAAAUUCUGAUGAU